ACUGUUGGUCCAGUAGGUUACGGCGCGUGGCGGCGCGGUUGCGUUAAGUGUUCAAUUUUUUUGAUCGUUUAAUUGUUGGGACUUUUCAAAGUGCACGCCAGUACGUUUUGUAUGUAAUAUGAAAAAAAAAAGAUUUAAUUGCUUGAAGUGCAACGAAUAUCGUGAUUGAUGAUACAAAGAAGACCCACAUGACAAUUAUAAACAAAAAAAAGUUAGCUGCGCAGUUUUUACAACAAUUUAGUAAUUAUUGAGGCAGUCAACUGCAAACAACAAAAUCAACAAAAUGACAAACAUGCGCCCACCGCAAAAAUCUAAACUGCUAAAGGUCGUCAUACUGGGCGACGGAGGCGUGGGCAAGUCUGCGCUGCUCACACGGUUCGUAUCGAAUCGGUAUGAGGAAAACAAUUUCCACACGAUUGGCGUAGAGUUCAUGAACAAGGACAUCGCUGUGGACGGCGAAAAGUACACACUACAGAUAUGGGACACGGCCGGGCAGGAGCGAUUCCGGGCAUUGCGCACGCCCUUCUAUCGGGGCUCCGACAUGUGCCUUCUCUGCUACGCACUGGACGACCGGGACAGCCUGCGUGGUCUGCGACUGUGGCACAACGAGUUCAUUAACUAUGCGGACGUCCAGCCGGACAGAUUCCCCUUCAUUGUGGUCGGCAACAAGAAUGACAUUCGAGCGGAGCGCAGGCAAGUCAGCUACGAGGAUGUGCAACAGUGGUGCACGGAGCAUGGGAUCAGCGCCCACAUUGAGACCUCCUCGAAGACGGCGACAAAUGUGACAGACGCCUUUGUGCUCGCCCUGCGACAAUGGAAGGCUAUGGAGCGUGUCGCCGAGGCCGAGCAGCGCCAGCAUGGCGACACCAUCGAUUUAACGCAGCCCAUCCGGCUGAUGCAGCGGCGCCAGUGCUGCACUGGCGGUGGUGCGGGCAAAGCCGCUGACGUCGUCGAUGCGGAUGACGAUGAUGGGCGCAAUACGGAUGCUGCCAUGCGUUCGCCCUCCUCCAUGUCGCGUCAUCUGUUCGGACAAUCGCGUAGCUCGCCCAAGGCGCCGAAGACCAAUUAUCAGCUAUGAGCUGAGACGGGGCUAUUACGUGUUUUAUUCUCUCCUCCCUCACUCUCUCACCCUCUUCCAUUUUUAUGGCUUAUUCAGAGGCACGCAUUCACUACAUUCCAGCCAAGCCGCUGAUUGUAGCAAAGAGACCAAAAGCACAUCAAAUACUCUGUGGUAAAAACAAUUUGAGAUUAAUGAAAAGAGUCUCGUUACAUUGUAUGCCAGUUAUUACCGUAUAACAGUCGCACAUCUGCUGGAGCCGUACCUCUGCAAGGGGGCGUGGAAAUUGUGCCUUGUGAGCGAAGCGAUUGACUUGACCAUAGAGCCUAAGGCAAACAAUAUUGAAUUUCGACUAAGUUGUUAUACAAAUCUCUUUUUGUAUGCUUGUAUAUCUGUACAACUCGUAUUUAUGUACGCC